CAGGCCCAUAAUCAAGGCUCUCUCUGUUCCAGCGUCAGAGCUUUCUCCAUUGAACCCCAGAACCAAAACUCGGCGCAAAAUUCUACAUGAAAAAUCAAAUUGUUGAAAUUUCGUUUCUAGGGUUUAGUCUCGCAUGGCGCGAAGAGUAAUGGAAUGGGCGGGUCGGGCCGAUUACAUGGGCGGCAUUCCAAGGAAGAUAGUGAUCGGAGCCGUCGGAAGCUUCGCGAAGGCCUGGGUCACCAUUCUCAACUCCACCACCGUUCACAAUGCGGAUACGCUUCUUAACCUAGUCCGCUCUCGCCCUAUUGGCCUCCCUCUCAUCACUGUAAGCAACCACAUGUCCACUCUAGACGACCCGUUUCUGUGGGGUUUCAAGGGCUUUCCGAUUUGUGAUGCCAAUUUGUCGCGGUGGGUUUUGGCCGCAGAGGACAUCUGCUUCAAAAGCUCGCCGCUUUCGUACUUUUUCCGGCUUGGGAAGUGUAUACCGAUUACGAGAGGCGCUGGGAUUUAUCAGGAGCAUAUGAAUGAAGCUCUUGAAAGAUUGAGUGAAGGAGCCUGGUUGCACACUUUUCCUGAAGGAAAAGUGUAUCAGGAAGAUGCACCUAUAAGAAGAUUGAAAUGGGGGACUGCUAGUCUCAUUGCUCGUGCUCCAGUAACCCCAAUAGUUUUGCCAAUUGUACAUAGUGGGUUUGACAAGGUGAUGCCUGACAAAUCUUCUCGUGGUAAAAGGCCUCCCUUUCCAUUGCUUAAUAAGGAAAUUAAUAUAAUUGUUGGGGAGCCAAUGGAAUUUGACAUACCUAGAAUGAGGCAGGUGGCUACCUCUCUGUCCCCUAAAAUGUCACAUCCUUCUUUAGGAUGGCCAAGCCUUUGCCCAGGUGGUUUGGAUGAGGCAGCACAGAGAUGUCUGUACGGUGCAAUUUCAGAGAAAAUCCAAAAUGCCUUGGAGAGAUUACGAAUUUUUGUAUGGAAUGCCAUCUCUUUUCUCGAGGCUUCAAUCACUUACCAAGUUCAGUUUUAAGGAACAGAAAAUUCUUCUAGCUCCAUUCAAUGGCUUUACAGAGAUACAGUUGAAUUGAGAUUUGUAGUUGAUUUAUAUGACUGGUAUUGUGAAUUCAUUUAGAGGGUGCUAGCAAUAUAACCCAUUUUGUAGUUGAAUACAUAUUCACAUUCUUCUUCUAUUGAGAGAAUCCUUACUGUGAAUUUUUAUGGAUAAAUUGAUGUUUUUGUUUCGGUC